GGUUACGUUCGCAAAAGGAUCUAUUUAAAGGAUCGGUUGUCCGAUCGGUCGCAAUUUUUGAGCUCCCGAGGUCGUUUUUGACGCGUGUCCCGGGCCGCGCGUUGCAUUCCCGCGCACGUUUCCGCAUUCUUCACGUCUCUCGUAGAAAAAGAAGUCUCCUCGUGUCUCGCGCUGCACAUCCCCGGAACGUCGUUCCCCAUGGAAAAGAGCGUCGUCGAUCUCAUGACGUUUCUGGACAUUUGCCAGCUCUACCUGCACACCAGAAAGAAGUCCCGGAAUCUCUGCACCCUCUGGGCGAUCGUGACGUUUAUACGCACGGAGGACACCGGCGAUUUUCUGCGAUGGUGUCGCGCGUACACGGUGCCCCGCUUGCGGUACCGUAGGGAUCGCCCGAAGAACGCGGAAAACGCGGAGAAGCCGAGAACCGACAAGCUGUUGCUCAGAUUGCUGCAGGAGUUGUUCUAUUGCGGAUGUUUGCCGCCGUGCGAUAUCGGUCUAUAAGAUACGCGCGUCAUCGCGAGUAUAUAUAUACCGUGUCGUGGGUGAAGUAAAAUCGAGCGCGUGUGGGACACGCGGAAGAAUCUCCCCCGAACUAUAUUAUUUACAUUUCAAACGGUCGUCCUCGGAAAAAGCAAUAUAUCAGACCUACCGAAGAAGUUCCGAAAACCCGAUCCUCCCCGAUUACAACACACUUGUUGACAAAUGUCCACAUUUCCGAGAUUUCUAUUUCCGGGAUGGUUAUAUUGUUACAACCGCCCCCAACAUGAAUACAGUGCAGCUGUUCGUGAAAGAAAGAAAGACAGGAGAGUUGUCUUCACGACGGUUGUUUGAUCAAAGAUCUUGAAUCGCCAAUUGGAGCGAUUCGUGCGCGCAGCUCUGAUUCUCUCCUUUCGGAUUCAUUUCUGUAUUAAAUAUCGGAACGUGUGUGUUGUAUUUUAGUAUGUGUUAAUAAAAAGAGUGUGUUAUAUUUUAGUUCCGUUAUAUACAUAUUUUUAGAUUUUUAUCCGAUACUUCGCGAUAACGACAAUUUACAUGGAAAAGGACCACAUUUAAUAGUAAAAACGUUUGUCAUUCUAUACAUCAUCGUGAGCGCACAUGUGGACGAGGGAUAAAUCAGCUUAGCGAGAGGGAUGUCUGAGAGCGACGGAGAGCAUGCAGCUCGCUCGGUGGCCUUAGAGCAAGCCUACGUCCACGAAGUAUACGAGCAAUGCGCCGAGAAAACCACGCAAAGUAAACACUGGCCACGGGUGUAUCAGUUUCUUCAGGAGCUCGAGCCCGGUGCUCUCGUCUGCGAUAUCGGUUGCGGUAACGGGAAAUAUCUCAGCGUAAAUCACAGCAUCUUUAAAAUAGGAGUCGACCGAUGCAAGCGUUUUACGGACAUCGCGCGAGAAAAAGAAAACGAGGUUUUGAUUUGUGACAAUCUGGCCCUGCCGUUCCGGGAAGAGAGUUUCGAUGCGGUGCUGUCGAUCGCCGUGGUGCAUCACUUCGCUACCACGGAGAGAAGGGUACACGCGUUGAAGGAAUUAGCCCGGGUUCUCAGGAUCGGAGGCAGACUCGUUAUAUCCGUCUGGGCUAUGGAACAAAAACAUCGAAAAUUUGAAUCGCAAGAUGUUUUAAUACCAUGGCCCAAGUCGUAUUGCAUGAGCGGGGGUUCAGACGGAACGAAGCAUUCGAGCGCAUCCGACGGUAACGAGAAGCGAGAUGAGAACGUUACUCAGAAACACACAUCAUCUUCCAAAAAAAAUAGCCAACGAAAAUGCAAAAGCAAGAGUUAUUGGAUCGAUCCGAUAUUUAGCCUGUCACCAUCCACCAGCAGCCUCUCUAGUCCGAAUGAGACCUGUUAUAGUUGUUUCCGGAGAGCACUACAGAAACUAGCGAGAAGCAAACGCGGAAGUGGCGCUUGGUUUCCUGGAAGUUGGCAGAGCAGCACCAAGAGCCGGCGACACUGCGACUCCGAGGACAUGACCGACGUGGACGAUCUACCGAUCGAAUUACGUCGCGUGGAGAUCACGCACACGCUGACGAUGACGAACAAGCACUCGGCGGACACGCUGAGCAUCAAGUCCAAGAGCCUCGGCGACAUCCUGGAGAUCGAGCGGCUCGAUCUGGUGCGUUCCCGGUCAAGCAUCCCCGGUUUCUCUUCAUCCGAGCUGGUUCUGGACGAACGAUCGGUCUCGUCUUCGUCGAGCGGCUCGAAGCCACGGCUGGUCAAACAGAAAUCGUGCGUGGAAGAAACCGGCUUGGAGAAUCCCGAAGACACUGCCAUUGAAAAUUUGAUCAAGGAUCUUCCGAACUUCUCCUGUCAGCCGUUGCGCAGGCGCAACGUGCCGUUGAAGCAGAGCUCGAUGAACGAGGAGCUGAUGUCAGUGGAUCGUUUGGAGGAGAAGGAACGAGUGCGCCGAAACAUCAUGAAGCAGGCGUCGCUGAACGAGGAGCUCAUCUGCAAAUGGCGCACGUUCGAGGCGCUCAAGGAUUCGAUCAGCCCGGUGAACGCCAGCCGGCGCUUUCAACUGUUAAAAAACGGACUUACCAGCAAGAUCAAGCGCUCCACCACCAAUAUCGAAAAGGUCUCCAGCAUGUCCAUUAAGAACGGCUUUGUGCGAAUGCUGCAGGGAUGGAAAUCCGGUGAAAACGAAUCGGUAUCCGUUACGACGACAGCGGAGACAACAACGAUAUCGAAACCGGCGGACAAUAAGGUGCAACCAGUAACGGUUAUGAAACGCAGCAUCGAGGGCGUCGAACGUCGCCUUUCACGCGAGGACGGCUCGGACUCGUCCAAAGACAGCAGUCUACAGAGUGAUACAAGCGUCGACUCUGAGGACAGCUUCGCGUCGGUGAUUUUCGUGCCGAAGCCGGACGUUGCUGCGCCGGCGCCAUCGGCAUCGUCUACGGUAAACGAGGUUCCUUCCGCGUCGCGUCCAGCAGCGCUGCAACUCGCAACGACAUCGGCACCGCCGUCGCCGCGCGUUAAACAACCGCCGGAAGGCGGUCUAUCCUCUAGAUUUAAAGUGAUCGGUGUGUCACCGUUGCUGAAGCAAACGUCAACUGUCGUAAAUACAAAUACAAAUACGAAUACGAAUACGAAUAUAAAUACAAGUACGAAUACGAGUACGAAUACGAAUACGAAUACGAAUACGAAUAUGAAUACGAAUCAUCCGAGUGAAACGGUGAAAACCGGCGCGGAAACGUUUGGAAACACUUUGCAGAUGUCGUCACGAGGACUCUGUCUGGUACCCGAACCGACUGAGUCCGAGGCGGAGCCGGACACCGCACCACUGCUACGUGCCUUCAGCGACGUUACCAAGACUCGUGAACCGGUCAUAAACGAAGAUGACAACCGAAAGGCCAGAUUAAAUCAAAUCAAGGAACUGCUCAUAGCGAAACCAGGUUUCGCGACGCGUAGCAGACCGUCGUUUCCAUUAGUUAGACGAGCCUCCACGGCAGCCUCGGGUCGUCUGGAGACCGUAACGAGGAUUCUGCCGCGUCUACUUUCUCUGGAGUUGUUCAAUCCAGAGACCGACGACCUGGAUAGCGACUCGAGCGGUGUAUCGUCGCCGGAAUCGGUCGGCUCGGUAAUCAGCGUUACGUCGGACGAGAAAUAUAUCGCGAGAAAAGAAGCCGAGGAAAAGAAGAACAGCGCGCAAAAUGUGACGGACGAAGAAGCCUCCAAAUCGAACGGGGACGACGUGUCCGAGAAGACGAAGGAAACGGAAAAUCUGCGCGACGACGAAUCAUCGUCGAGUCUGGGAACCAUCACAACGACAGUCGAAAAUUCAAGCGCGCAAUCUCCAAAUCCUCUGUAUGAGGAUUCCACAUCGUCCGUGGAUUUGGAGAAUAAUACGUCUUUCGCGGAAAUCGAAAUGACACGCGACGCUUCCCAAGAUAGUCUAGGAAUCGACGCAAUCCGCUCCACGUCGCGCGUUCUUCUCGAGAGCGGAAAGACCAUAUCCUCGCAAUCGAUGAAACUUCUCGAAGCCGCUGCAAAUGUGGCGAGCUCUCUGGAAGACGCCGUAGGGGCGGCGAUUCAACGCAACAGCCAACCGGAACAAUCAUUCUCGCAAUCAUACUCGCAGAUUGCGCAACGAAGGAAUAACGACGCUGUUUGGUCGCAGUCAAAUGUCCGAACGCGAGCGUACUUGAAGCACGAUCGUAAGUCCGCCUCGGUGGAUCUGAGCGGCUACACCAACGAAUCGAGCAGCGAUCUCAUACGAGACAUCAGUCGGUAUUGCCAGAACUCGUCGUUCGAUAUUUUUGGAGUCCACCCGACGUCGCAAACCACGCCAUCGUCGCUGGGUGUUGUGGACAAUAAUUUGGCCGCGGAAUCGAACACUACGGCCUGCUGGAAUGACUGCAAUCAAGUGCCCAAGGAAACCUCGUGGAUCAUAAACGAAGCGUACAACAAACCCGAACACGAGAAGUUCGCCAGUGCAAUCCAAUCCGAACCGACACCGAGACCCAAAAACAUCUGCGAGAAUCACUCUGUGCUCCAGCCUAACUUUGACAGUAAUAGGUCAAAACGAGAAUUUAAAUACGAAGUUCAGACUGAAAACAAUAAGCUCAGACUCAAUCCUCAAUCUAGCGAGAAAUCGAAAUCCAAAUUCGACGUUGUGUCCAGAUUCGAGCCUGGAUCCUACACCACAUUUGCGUGCGAUAUCAAAGAAACGAUCGUCCAUUCCAAAGACGAGCUUAAUUCCAAGAACACGAUCAAUCUUCAAUCCGGCAUCGAUUCUAAAUCCAACGUCGAUCAGGAACGACGUUGCUCCAAAACCUCGCCGUUGCUGCGCAGCACUUCCGACGACAUACUGGACUUCGUGAUGGUGUCGAAAACAGGCGAAGAAUUCGAAUGCGAGGACGCGGUAGAGUUGAAGACAACCGGAAACAAAUGGCAUUCUUCCCAGGACGGAUUGUCGGUAGGUUCGAGCGACGUGGGCGACUCUCUAAUGGAAAACACAACGACGAGCUUGAGCGACGGCAGCCAGGCGGAGUGCUCGACGGCGAGACUGUUCACUGGUAGCACGGUGUCGUUGGUGUCGAAUCUGAAUGCGGAGAACAAUCGUCGAUCAUCGGUCGAGCGACGGAGACUGCAGGAACGCGGCCGAUCGUUGGAUGAGAUGUCGACCGAGGCGAAGAAACGUGACGCGGAUUGUUUGGUCACCACGAGCACCACCGAUUCUCUGAGCAACGCGUCGUCCCAGGAGUCACUGCCCUCCGAUCGCGGCGGCGGCUCGAUCACUUAUCAUCAAUACUACCACGUCUUUCGGGAGGGCGAGUUGGAUCAGCUUAUCAACAAGUACGUUCAGAAUCUGCAUAUCAUCUCAUCGUACUACGACCACGCAAGUUGGUGCGUCGUCGCCGAGAAAGUGCAGGUUUGGACUAUAUGACUUCAAAUAUGGAUCAACGAGUGAAGGACCAGCGGCUGUGAAUGGUGUUUAAUAUUUCUCGACGCGAGUCGCGAUUCGUUUUCGCGUCUCUCGCAACUCGACUUUGCCAACCUGUACCGGGUGUCUUGACGAAGAAUAAGAAUAUCAACUAGACGGGAUCAACUUUUUGAAAAAAUUUGCAUUCGCUUAGGUUUCGCCCUUCAGUCAAGAAUAUAUAGUUCCUCAUGUAAACGAAUUUAUAUAAGGAAAAACGAGCCGCAAACAGAUUUAAAUCUAAAAAAAAAAAAUGCUAAAAGUUUACAAUUCCUGUAUGUAUGUACAACUUCUUGUUAAUUUUCUCUGACGCUUUGCGGUUCCCCCAUGCUGUUUAGAUUUUAAAUUAAAGAGAGAGAGAGAAAGAGAGAGAGAGAGAGAGAGAGAUGGGUUUGGAACUAUAUUACUUUUGAGAUCGAGUAUUGAUCCCUUUUUUUUGGGACAUUGUGUGGCGGGCUGAGUGCGCAGACAAAAAUCUCGCUUCGAGUACGAGGUUUUACGACUCUAAAUCCAUGGAUCUAAGAGUCUAAGGACCUCAGAAUUCAGGGGUCCAAAGAAUCCAAGGAUUUAAAGGCUCAAGUAUUUCGUAAUAAUUCGAGUACGUAAAAUCUAUAAAGUAUAAUAAAUACACGCGAGUUGACUUUUUAACGAUUCGUUCUCGAAAAAAAAACUCUGCGACGAUCUAUAUCGCUGUUAAAAAAUAUUUGCUUUACGCUCGUUGAACAUUCUCCUUUCACGUUUGUCUCAUCAUGAAAAAAAGAGAUUUCUCCGUUCGCGACGUCACUAAAGUGCUGACUCGAAGAAAAGUAUAUACACUGUAUAUAUAUAUAUAAUUUUAAAAACUUCACGAAAAUUAAGGACAAGCAACUAAUCCACCGAGUAUCGUCGUUGGUGUAUCACCCAAUUUAAAAGUUAAGAAUAUUCCAAUAAACGCGAUAGAUAUCGAUAACACGUAAUUUUUUUUAAUGCAAAUAAUAUACCACUAAUGUUGCAACAAGAGAUUUGAUUUUUUUUUUUUUUUUUACAUUCGACUCUCGUGCGCGUACUCCAUCUUCACUUCAGUGACGUUUCGGAACCGCUCAUGUGUCACUUAUCGCACGCGCAUACCUUGAAAACAACGAUUGUGAGUAUCACGAUUCUUUGAGGGCUCGAUGAGAAGAAUGUGAAAGGGAAGCGAAAGGAAACUCUCGAUGCGAGAGUUUCCCUAAAAGGGUGGUGCGAUCUAAGCGUUAUAUAUGUUGUGCGUUAAAAACGUAAUAGAAAAAAAAAAAAAAAAAAAAAAAGAAACUUUCAGAACUGUCAAACCGACUCUUCGCUAUGAGGAGUACAUAUUUUCUAGCUUCUCGAGAAACCGACAAUAUCCGAAUGCUUCAAACGUAGAUAUACCUCAAUAAUGCGAACAUUUCACUUCCAAAGAACGUGUAAAUGUAUACGUUUACACACAUACAUAUGCGUAACGUACACGUGCGCGCGAGAGCGCAUACACACGAACACACGUACACACACACGGAAAAAGAUGUCUCUUAUUUGUAGCAAUUUAUUGGCACUAAUACGAUACAUCGACGUUAGAUUAAUAUUUGCAUUAAUAUUAAUUAUUGGCAUCUCAUAAAAUUGGCAAGUACAGACAAUCGCAAACGACGAAAGAAUACGGAAAUGUGGCACAAAAAUCAAAGAAAAAUAUCUUAAAGACGUCUAUCUAAAUUAUCUUAGUCAUCUUUUUGAUAUCUUUCGGAUGUCUUUUGUGCGCUGUUGGGAAUUGUUAAAAACAAAAAUCAAAACCAAAAUAGAUACAACGACGUUUAUAUAUAACGCGUGAAUAAGAGACAUCCUACAUACGCAUACACAUAUGGCAUAUACGUACAUACUUACGUGAUAUAUACAUAUAUAUAUAAUAUAUUAGAAUAUAAGGAUUCAAGGAAUCAAUAAUCUAAAAAUCGAAUGCUUAUAUCCUUGGAUUUUUUCUCUCUUUGCUUAAAAAUUUUUAUUCUCUUUAAAAAAGCUUUACUUACUUGUUGAAUUUUUGUGGUACCGAAUUUUCUUUCGUUUCUUGGAUUCUUGCAAAUUAUUGAAGUAUACUAUUUAUUAGUUUUUAAUUAAUUAAUUUUUUGCGCACCGCAACGCGUUAAUAUCUUUAAGGAUAAAAAGAAAGAUUUUUUCUCUACGGCGACGUGUGUGUGCGCAUAGAGAAAGAAACCCUUUCCCUUCGAAAUUGAUACAUCGCAACGCGCGUAGUGUGCACAAUCGUGCUUAUAUCUUUGAAUCUUUUCACACUUAAAUCUUUUUUAGAUUUCUGUGCGAUUCUUCAAACUAAAUGAUUGUAUGAAAUUUCCAAAACGUGUUGAAAUUUUAAUUUUUUAAUUUGUACACAAUGAAAUAUUCAAUAAUAUCCAAGGAUCCAAGCAUCCGCGUACACCAAUACGUAUAUUCACACCUCAUAUAGAAAAGAAAAACAUAUAAGUGUAAUCUAAGCUUUGUUAUUUUUAUGAACUCAAUUAAUAUUGUGUCCAUCGUUCUUAGUUCUUUAAACGAAGUUUUUAUUGUAACUCUUUAAACCAGUCAUUUUGCAUUUCAAUAAAAUUUUUAAUAACAAUGUGCAUGCGAUAUUCUGUAGAACGCGUUGUGCAACAGUUUGUGAUAUCUCUCAACCGUUGGAAGCGCUCGCUCGACGGAUCGAAAAUCAAGACAAAAGUUAUUAUAAACGGUUGCGCAACGAUUACGUCUUCUGCCGAAUGCUGCCGAUGUACCGAUUAUGUUCAAGACUUCGGCAAGAAAAGUUAAAUUCUCUAUUAUUAUUUCCGGCUUUUGUGGUGAUAGAAUAUAAAUGAAAUAUGCAAUAAGAGAAAAGUUCGAAAAGAUGAGGAGGAAGUAAAAAGUAGAUACAAUGCGGUGCGCAUGAGUUUGGAACUGUUGGUUAAAAAGUAAAAUCGUUUGGUCGACGAGAAAAGCCGCUAUUCUAAAGAACUGUUUAGUUAGUUUAUUUAGCAAACACAUUUUAGCAAAUAGCUGACGAUGAUUCUUUUCUAAUUUCUGAAACUUCGAGUCAUAUGUACUGUAUUUAAUUCGCGAAGGAGAGGAAGCAUGUGAAAAAAAAAAAAAAAAGUAUGAACGUAUGUGUAUGCGCGCGAGAUUGAGAGAGCGGGAGAGAAAGAGACCAACGCGGGAGAUGUAAUCUCAUAAUUAAAUAAACACACACAUGUAAAUAUGUAAAAUAAAGUGUUCCUGACGUAAAACGCACAGAAAAUCGUCAGAAAAUAGUUAACAAGCGACAAUACUGAAUAAAAAUUAUUUGCCGGACCUUUUGUUCCGCAUACGGAACACGUUCUAUACAAACCUCCGUUAGAUGUUGGACACGUAUCAUAUUUGAGUUACGGGCGU